AUGUUUAGCAGCAUGACAGUGCGCGAACUGGAAGAUACUAUUAAAAUCAUAGAACGAUACGAGCGCGAAUUGAUCAAUCGCGACAAGAUCCAACAAGUUCUCAAAAGUCGCGUUGCCGAAGUAGUGAUGACCAAAAAACGGGCCGCUCGCAAAAGAGCAAAAAUUUUACAACGUCGAAUACAUCUAGCUCAAGAAACGGCCAUGUUAGCGGGUACCGCUCCGGCACCGAUUGAUCCGAAUCUCCAACUCGAAUUCGACUAUAUAAUGAACUAUUUGAAGUUGGACGAGCCGAUUAUUAAUGAUCUGUUUCGAUCCCUCACCGAGGAAGAAUUAAAGAUCGUACACCAAUAUCUACGGUAA